CACAAGAAGCGCAGGAACCACAGGAAGCCGUUCACGCCGUCUUGCUCUUCCGUGCCCACGGACCCUUUGACACCGACCUUUGUCGUUGCCGGAGAGCCUGGAGACGCAGCAUGGCCGACGACUACACGCCAAAACCUAGUCUUGGACGGAGGAAAUCAUCGCUUAAUACGCUCAGAGAGCUGUCGCAAAGAUUCAAGCAUGCCGGACGCAAACCUUCAGACAGCGUCGAGGAGGAAAGAGAGAUUAUUGGCGAUGGUCAAUUUUCGAUUCCCCCUCAACUGAAGAUGCCCGACUUUGCUCCCUUUGUCACAAACUCCACUACCGACACUGCAACCCAGCCACGAGCUCCAGAGAUCGAAGUCGCAUCGUCGUCGCCUCGAACAGCCCAGCCGCCAGUGUCAACAAACGCCCUCGACGGCACACAAGAACGACUACUCUCACCCAAGCCCUCGAACAACGACAUGAGUUCCACCACGACAUUGGUAGAAUCAUCGCCAAUCCUCUCGGACAGUACUCCCUGGGUUGGCGGCACUGGUCUUGGAAAUGCGAACCUGGGAAAGUCAGGCCGUGUUAUUGAGAAGCUCAUGGCUGAGAACGACAAAUUGAAAAGAGAAAUAAAGGCAGAGGCCGCCAAAAGAGAAGAGCUGCAACGCACUGCCAAUGCACAAAAGCCCAGGCUGGAAGCUCUCCAAGCAGAAAACGCCCGUCUCUCGCACUGCAAAGCCGUGGACGAGAGCGUGAUCAAGCGCCGCGAUCGCAAGAUCGAAGAUCUCAAGGCCGAGCUGGAUGUUGAGCGGCAAAAGAGAGAGUCUUUGGAGCACCGAGUACAGGACGCCGAACGCAAGAUGGGCGAAUACCAAGAGCACAGCAACAAGGAAGUCCAGCAAGCAGUCGAAGAAGCCAAGCACGCUACCACACACGCCUCCAUCCUCGAGACAUCACACCGUCAACUAUCGUCUGAGUACCGGCAGCGCAUAGCAGCGGCUAGCAAGCAACUACGAGAAUUGAGCGACGAUAGGGAGGAAGACCGAAAACGCCUGACCAAAUUGGAUGUCGUUAACCACCAAAUGCGUCAAGAGUCGGAGAAGGCACGAAAACUGUACAACGAACUGCUGGCAGCUUCGGACAAGUACAAAGCAGAAAAAGACACGGAAGUGGACGGUGUCCUCGGGGAUGUGAGGCAACUCAAGGGAGGCAUCAGCAAACGCGAAGGAGAACUUGAGACGACGCUUGAGGAGAUGCACAAGGUCAUGAACCGCAUGAAGUGGCUCAUGAACAUGCAGAAAGUGAACAAUGAGAAUGGUGUCAGCUCACCUCCGCCUUCGCCGCCUUCCUGAGUACUACGAUCAUCUCAGGGGUUGACCGAAAAGUGAGUUUUGUUUGGGGUAGGAGAGAGAGAGGGAGUUUUCUUUGGCAUUGUUGAUGUUGUAUAGCGGGAAAUCUGACUAUACAGGGGUUUUACGAAGGCGUUCACGGGUUUGCUUCUGAAUAGGCGUACUGAGAAGCAGAUAUCUUAUGGCUUUCAAAGGGCUGCAUAGCGAGGCGUCAUGGGAGGAGACAAGGAGUAUAAUACAGGUGGCACCAUAUUCUUACCUAUGGUAUAACAAGACGAAAUGACACUAGCCGCGUUUGAGAUCGAUGUGAAGAAGCUGAUUUCGAAGUCAGGGAGUCUGAUGAAGGCGUUCAGAGUGUUAGAUCGUGCCUGCCAAUUGAGUAAUCAAGACAUACCAUCUUACCAACAG